AUGACAGUACAGACCGUAGUCAUUGUUGGCUCUGGAUUCUAUGGAAUCUUGUGCGCCAAUACUCUGGUGAAGAAAACCAAUUACAGAGUUGUUCUCAUAUCGCCUUCAGAUUAUACGUACUUCUUGAUAUCCUCUAUCCGUGGCUCUCUUCUCCCGUUGAGGGAAGUUGUGGACGAAAAAGUGCGUAUUGAAAAGGGAAUAGUGACGCAAUUCGAUGAAAAAGCGGUGCUGUUGAAUGACGGCAGAGAAGUAGUCUUUGAUGCCAUGGUCAUAGCUACCGGUGCCAAGUGGUUGGAUCCUAUAGGUACAACGGUUGAUUUCCAAGAUGAGUAUUCGGAGUAUUUCGAGAGACAGAGGGAUGCAUUUGAAGCUGCUCAGCAUGUUGUGCUUAUAGGCGGUGGGUUCAACAAUGUUGAGUUGGCGGGGGAGUUAUUGGACAAGUUUGGAAAAGAUUGCCAGGAAGGUAGAAAGAAGAUCACCAUAAUCCACUCACAGCCUUUGCUAAUGCCUAACGAUGGUCUAUACUGUGACUCAUUACGUGAACGUAUCACUGCGUACUUCAAAUCAACACCGAUUGACCUGGUGCUGAGUGCUCGUGCCCAACUCUCAGCCCCUAAUACUGUGAAACUGAACAACGGCGAGACUAUUGAGGCAGAUUUCGUAGUACAGAGCACAGGAACCAGAGCAUUGGUUCCACCAAAUGAUAUUGAAGAGUUGUGUAACGACUCUGGGUUUAUCCGUAUCGAUGAGACCUUCCAAUGCAGCGCAAUCUCGCAAGGUCACGUCUUCGCCAUUGGCGAUGUUACUGACAUCAACUUGAAAGGCCUAGUGGAGAGGUACUCUUGGGUCAAAACACUCUGUAAUAACAUUGAUAUCGUGCUGAAGUCAAAGAGUCUGGCACAAGAUACCAACAGGGAUCAGUUCCAAAGAGUUUCGAAAAGAUAUGGGCAUAAAACCACCUUUGUAUCAAUGGGCCGGCAUUAUGGUUCUGGCCAAUUGCCGACCUGUUUGGUUGAAAUCAAGGAAGCUUCACAUUGGCACUUCAACACAGAAAUUGGUAUAUAA